GUUCUUGCUGCAUCUUUUGCAGCACCGUCACCCUGGCGUAUUCAAAGGGACUCACUACCCAGUUCGAUCUGGACUUCCAGUCGCCUUUGAUAUUUGACGAAUCAGUCGACUUUUCAGAUCCGGAGGAGUCAAGAUUUGCAGGAACAUUCUCAGACGGCCUUUGGGCCAAGACUGGAGGCCCGAUGUCCAUGUCGACUUACGAGAAGUGUCAACCAACCGAUCUGUUAGACUAUGAUGGAACGACAGGAGCUCUCUAUCAAGGCGCGUUGCCGGCAUAUGCCCAAGCGCCAUACUCUGGGCAACUUUUCACUCCCGUUCUUGAAAGUCAUCCCGUUUCAGACGAUGAAAGUAUCCACUAUGUAGGUAAUAGAGGAUAUGCCGGCUCCCCCUUUGAUUUCCCGCGCUCUCCGAGCUUAGAGGCGUCCACACGGCCACCACCUGAAGUUGUUAGCUUCGACCCAGCCAAUGGGGCGGAAGGCACAAAAUUGACAGUCCAAAUACAGUCAACUUUGGACAUUAUCAACCCGGUUCCGUGGUCGUUUACUUUGAUAUUUGGAUCCUCACGCUGUGAAUGCUCUGUGGCCCUUGUAGGUGUCCAGAAAGUUCUGUUCCAAUACGCCCUUACAGUCGAUGUACCACCGUUCUCCUCAACAGAAUCGACUUCUUCUUCAAUCCCUGUUCAGUUAGUAAUGGAGGACCCUGAGGGACCCACAACUCACAUGGUGCAAAUCGGUGCCUUUAGUUAUGAACAGUCCGUUCAAGCUGUUUCUCCAGGGUCUCGGAAGAGAAAGAUGUCUUGCGGCUCAGAUGACAUUUCCUCCUCGAACUCGGCGCCAGUGAAACAAUUGAGAACCAAAGACAGCCCAAGAAGUUCAGUCUACGCCGAAAGUAGUUUGUCAGCAUCCCCCUACUCGGCCUAUCUUCCUACUCCGGCAUCGAUGACGGGCUAUCCUGCCAACGGCCAGCGCGUUCCUUCGCCGCUUCCCCCAACGCAGCUAGAUGUCUAUGCCAACGUUUCUCAAUCUAGAAUCAAAGCCCCAUCCCCUCUGGCGUCAUCUUGGAGCCCAGACUUUCCAGACAGCACCAUUGCAGACUUCAACCCUCGAUAUAAUAUGACGCCGCUCUCUCAAACCACGGAAUUGCCUCUCUCUGUUAGGACUGGUCAAAACCCGACUCUCAUCCGAACUUCUACAAUUCAACAAUCGCUCGCAGGUUCCGGAGCAGUAUCUCAAAACCAGUCUUUUAACCCUUAUGCGAUGUAUCCCACAAAGGCAGUUCUCAAGUUGAAUGGCGACCUUGACUCCAUGGCAGAUAACUGGUCGAAAGAUGAACAGGAAGUUCAAAGACGACUUGUACAAUUCACGCGUCAUCAAACUGGCAGCAGUAUCCAUGCGGAUUUCGCUCCCGUAGCGCCUGCUGAUCGUGCUCCCAACAGUAUCUGUAUCAGCUGCAUUUACUGGGCUGGCAAGAAAGAGUGCUAUGUGACCAGCGUUGACACCAUCUACCUGCUUGAAUCGCUUGUCGGAGUUAGAUUUACCGUGGAAGAGAAGAACCGGAUUCGUAGGAAUCUUGAGGGUUUCCGCCCGUUGACCGUUUCGAAGGCAAAAGCGGAGAGCGAAGAGUUCUUCAAAGUCAUCAUGGGCUUCCCGAACCCGAAACCGCGAAAUAUUGAGAAGGACGUCAAGGUGUUUCCAUGGAGAAUUCUAGCUCAUGCAUUGAAGAAGAUUAUUGGAAAAUACUCUGCCAGUUACUCUUCAACAGCAGGAACUCUUCAAGCGCCCCUGGCUUCAAACUAUCCCGUCAAUGUCAAUGUUAACGGCCAGUUGGACUAUCCUGCCGGAUCUUCACAGCGUAUUGUCGACGUUUCUAGUGCUCUAGGUGUACCUCCACAGUUCCGCGCUCAGGUUUAUGGCAACAAUCAAAUGGCGGUAGCCUCACCAAUGCGUGCUGUUGUGCCUUCCAUCGACAAUCAGCACGCGGCCUAUCAAUUCCAUCGCGCCCAGCAACAACAAGUGUCGUCGCCAGCCUUGAUCCCGCGUCACGGUUCCUUUGAUUUCAACAACUUUGUCACCUCUAGCCCUUCUUCCACUCACCCGGCCCCUCAAGACCUGCCGUACUCCUAUUCUGGAAACUUCACAACUGUUGGCCGAGACGCCAAUCACUCGUCCUACCCUCCCAGUCAUCCAGGCGGCGGUGUCUAAGAGAGUUACCUUUUCGAUAGUCAUCAAUUCACCUUAAGUCACGCUGUGCGCCGCCAGACCACUUCUUGACGUCGACCUCGCUCCCCCUAUUUCUUGAUCCUACCCAGUACCUUGUUUCCGCCGUCUUUCGAAUCACCGUAAUUGUUCUAAUUCGAUAAUUUUUUGUAUUGCAUAGCGGUUUUGUAUUUUUUUUUUUUCCGCUUUUUAUGCGAGCGAUUUCAUCUUUGGAAGAUGCUGGUCCCGUGAGUCGCUCCUUUUACACCUCCGAUGCACUGAUAUAAUAAUGGUCACGAAUUUCCUUCUGCCACUCCUUUGACGACCUGUCAGAAACAAGCGCGGCGUUGGUUGGUCUUUUUUUUUUUUUUUGCUUUCACAGAUGAUUCCCCCCUGGUCAUGUCUCACUCCUUUAUGUCGAUGACACAGGUGGACGGCGUCUUACUUAUAUCGCGGCUCUAAUCCCUUUUUUGGAACCUCCCUUACACUAAUCAUCCUCUUUCCCCAAAGGCGUUUCUCUAAUAUCUCACCCGACGACUCUCCUUCGCCUUUGGAUAUUGUGUUUUAAUAGACGCCCCCUCUUGUUUAUCAAAGCUUGUUUCUGGGUAGGUCCGGUUGACGCGCAUUUAUUUGCAUUUGAAGGAAAACUGGGCACGGUCACUCCUUUUUGUCGAAAAUUUUGCAUGCUUUUUGGUUUAGCAUCAGCCGCUCCUUUUUACACAGCAUUGCAUCGGAUAUGGGAACGGGACUAUUUCUUGGCGUCCUGCACGGGAAAAAGUGGCGGUUUUGUUUUUUGACUUGUUGCUUGUGUUUUGCGUGGGCUUUUUGAUAUUGGAUGCUUUUGCGUUGUUUUUGAUUUUCCUCUUUUUUUUUUUUUUUGGAUAUUGGAGCUUGACUUGGUGAUUUUGCUGCUGCGAGCCUGUCGCAAGGGAUCCUAAUACACCUUUUUCCGAUCUUGGUUAUUUUGGAUGGAAAUAUAGCUACUGGGAGUUAUAAUGGGCGCCGACUCAGAUAUCAGAUAGUUUUUUGAAUUCAAUUCAAUUGGUUCUUAGA